ACAACAAUUGACACCAGUUGUUUACACAACAUACCCUGAACAAAAUGAAGGUCUUCAUCGCACUUGUUUUAACCUUUGCUGUCGCCUCAGCUUACAUCCUUCCCGAUCAGUCGGCUUUCAAUGACGAUGUGGACAAUGUUUUUGACGAGCCCGCUUUCAUUGAGGAUAUGCCAACAUCACCAGUUCUAUCCGGACGUAUUACCAACGGCAACAAAGCUUCGGCUGGUCAAUUCCCCUAUCAAGCCGGUUUAUCGCUAACUCGCGGUACCAGCAAUUAUUGGUGCGGUGGUUCGCUCAUCGGUUCCACUUGGAUUUUAACUGCAGCUCACUGCUCUGACCAAGUUUCCAAAGUCACCGUCUAUCUGGGCAGCACCGCACGUACAUCGGCUAAAGUUAAGUACAUCGUGACCUCAAGCUCUAUCUACCAACACACCGGUUAUAAGGCGAAAACGCUUGCCAAUGACAUUACUUUGAUUAAGAUCCCAGCUGUAACUUACACCAGCGAGAUUUCCGCCAUUAAGUUGCCUUCGAUAUCUUCAUCGUACGCUAGCUACGACGGCAGCUACGCUAUUGCCUCAGGCUGGGGCCGCACCAGUGACACUUCUUCGACUUCAUCAUCCUUGAAUUACGCUCGCCUCCCGAUCAUAGCUAAUUCAGUCUGUGCUUCCACUUAUGGUAAACAAGUGAUAACCGCCAACACCAUCUGUGUAUCUACACCAAGUGGUACGUCCACCUGCCAAGGCGAUUCUGGCGGUCCAUUGGCUUUGGAAUCUGGUGAUGUGCUUGUCGGCGUUACUUCCUUCGUAUCGAAGUCCGGUUGCGCUUCAGGUGCUCCAGCCGGUUUUGUCCGUGUUACUAGCUACCUCCCAUGGAUUAAGGAGAGAACUGGCAUUUCUUACUAAUAAAUGAAAUUCGUAAAAUGAUUCCAAAAAUUUAAGUUUAAAUAUAUUUUAAUACGCAA